CUUGAGCCUUUCUUUCCCAGACUCCCAUUUAUACUCAACUGUCACUCCUUUCAAUCUACAAAGGUUUGCAAACUCUCUCUCUCUCAAACAAAGCCUCACAAAGCCAUGAUGACUACUCUUUUCACAAUUUUCCUCUUCCUCAUUCCCAUAUACCUUCUCCUAAAGAGCAGAAAAAAAUCAUUAGAAAGGCUUCCUCCAGGCUCAUUAGGACUGCCCCUAAUAGGCCAGAGCCUUGAUUUUCUCCGAGCAAUGCGUGCCAACACUGCAGAGGAUUGGCUUGAACAAAGGAUCAGAAAGUAUGGUCCAGUUUCAAAGCUAAGUCUCUUUGGCAAGCCAACAGUCUUCAUCCAUGGACAAGCUGCAAAUAAGUUUAUAUUCACCAGUGAUGGGAGCACCAUUUCAGCCCAACAAACCGAGUCUAUUCGUAGGAUUUUGGGGGAACGGAGUAUAUCCGAGUUAAGUGCUGAGGAUCACAAACGUGUCAGAAGUGCACUUAUGCUAUUCAUGAAGCCCGAGUCACUGAAGCAAUAUGUGGCGAAAAUGGAUGAAGAAAUCAAGAAGCACCUUGAGAUGCAUUGGCAUGGCAAACAACAAGUUACAGUCUUGCCCCGGAUGAAGAACCUCACAUUUAACAUAAUAUGCUCUCUUCUUUUUGGGCUUGAACGAGGAACUCGCAGAGAUGAACUCCUGGAGUGUUUCCAAAAAAUGAUGCAAGGAAUGUGGUCACUGCCGAUCAACUUGCCCUUCACGCGUUACAACAGCAGCCUCAAGGCAAGCAAGAGGGUUCAAACCAUGCUCAAAGAUCUUAUACGCGAAAAGAGGGUACAGCUUGAGGAAAAAAGGGCUUCUCCACAACAAGACCUUAUCACUUGCUUCCUUAGCAUCCGAAAUGAUGAAGGUAGAGAAGAAUUAACAGAAUUGGAGAUGGUGCACAAUGUCAUGGUAGUCCUGGUUGCAGGACAUGACACUUCAUCUGUUUUGAUUACGUUCCUUUUGCGGCUUCUAGCUAAUGAACCAGCUGUGUAUGCUGCCCUUCUUCAAGAGCAGGAAGAAAUAGCUAGAAGCAAAUCGGCAGGAGAGUUUCUGACAUGGGAAGACCUUGCCAAAAUGAAAUACACAUGGAGAGUAGCACAGGAAACUCUAAGGAUGACUCCUCCUGUCUUUGGUGGCUUCAGGAAUGCUACCAAAGAUUUUGAGUUCGGUGGAUUCCUCAUUCCUAAAGGGUGGCAGAUAUUCUGGGCUGCUCCUAUGACCCACAUGGAUGAUAACAUAUUCCCAGAGCCAUCGAAGUUUGAUCCAAGUAGGUUCGACAAGCAAGCAAUUGUUCCACCCUACUGCUUUGUACCAUUUGGAGGGGGACCUCGAAUAUGUCCAGGAUAUGAGUUUGCCAGGAUCGAAACCCUAAUUGCAAUACACCAUAUGGUAACUCAAUUCACCUGGAAGCUAUGUGCAGACAAUCACUUCAGUAGGGAUCUAAUGCCUGUACCUACUCAAGGACUGCCCAUUGAAAUCACGCCUAGAAUACUACUGUGAACACAAAUGCUUUACCAAAUCAAAAUAUUUGUCGUGGUUGUUCAGAAAAUGUUCCAACAGUAUUGUAACUUAUUGAUUAGUUCAUUACAAUUACAGAACUUCUCGAAAAUUUCAAUGUACCAUGUGGACACAUUUCUCGAUGUAAUAUUUUAUAACCUAUCCAUUAUUUUGUAAGUUGUGAAUUUUAUAA